AUGCCCCCCAAAAUCCGGGGGGGGAAAUGUACCACAUCCGGGAGGGGCUCCAAAGGCAUCCCAGGGUGCUCUGAGGAGGAAAGAGCCAGCCUGUGCCGGGAAGGCAGCCGGAGCUUGAGGGGGAGCUCUGAGCUGGUGGUCCCUGAGCAGCGUCCAAGCAGGGAGAAGCCCUUCAGAUGCUUGGAAUGUGGGAAGAACUUCAGCAGGAGCACCACCCUCCUCACUCACCAGCACAUCCACACUGGGGAACGACCCUACCCGUGUGGGGAAUGUGGGAAGAGCUUCAGGCAAAGCUCGAACCUUAUCCAACACCAGCGCAUCCACCACACUGGGGAAUGGCCCUACACAUGUAGGGAAUGUGGGAAGGGCUUCAGUGACAGGUCCGCUCAACGCACCCACCAGCGAAUUCACACUGGGGAACGUCCCUACAAGUGUGGGGAAUGUGGGAAGAGCUUCAACCAAAGCUCCAACUUCCUCAGCCACCAGCGCAUCCACACGGGAGAACGUCCCUACACGUGUGGGGAAUGUGGGAAGAGUUUCAGGCACAGCUCCACCCUCCACUUCCACCAGCACAUCCACACUGGGGAACAGCCCUACACAUGUGGGGAAUGUGGGAAGAGCUUCAGGCACAGCUCACACCUUCUCAGCCACCAGCGCAUCCACACUGGGGAGCGGCCCUACACGUGUGGGGAAUGUGGGAAGAGCUUCAAGGACAGCUCCAAUCUUCACACCCACCAACGCUUUCACACUGGGGAACAGCCCUACACGUGUGGGAAAUGUGGGAAGAGGUUUCAGACCAGCUCAGAUCUCCUCAGGCAUGAGCGGACGCACAUGGAUGAGAGACCCUUCUGCUGCACCGACUGCGGGAAAGGUUUCAACCAGAACUCCAUCCUCAUCAGGCAUCGGCGCAUCCACACCAGGGAGAGGCCCUACAAGUGUGGGGAGUGUGGGAAGAGCUUCACCCACAACUCUACCUUGACCAAACACCAACGGACCCACCGGUAAGGGAAGCCCUGUGAGUGCCCCGACUGCGGGAAGAGCUUCGGCCGUAGGACUGACGCGCAAAAAAGGUUUCAAAAGGUCUUCAUGAUUUUGAGUAUCUGCACUCCACCAUCAGUUUAUUCUUUUGAAUAUGUGUAAGUUUAACCUCAUUUUAGUCUGAAAGCCAAAUUCACCACUACCCCGUUCCCUGAUAACCGUGGGCUGGUUCUGACAAGUGAGGCAGAAAUUACCCCCUGCCCAGCAAAAACCAGUGGGGCCAGCCAGUGGUCCCUGCCCUGGCAGCCCAGUUUCCCCAGUCUCAUCUCAAAAUGACCAGUUACACUGAAGCAAAGAGCACUGGAACCAGUGCAACAAGCCCCAGUCUGACUUUCACACCUGCCCACGUGUCCUGUUUUCUGCUGCUCUACAGACUUCCUUCUUUAAAAUACAGUGGAAAAAUGAACAGGUUUUGGGGUUGUUUUGGUUUUGGGCUUGAGUUUUUUUCCCCUCCCUACUGUUCUCAUUAACCUCAUUUCAAAUCUAUUUUGUUGUUUGAAGAUUAAUUAAAAUUUUGAAUGAUUUUUAAUGUUAAUGCCUUGACCAAAGUAUCAAAACAUGAAAAAUAAAAAGAAAAAACCAUACCACAAAGCUGUCCAUUAUUGUCACAAUCAAACACUCAGAAGUACUAACAUAAGCACAGUGAAAAACCCAUAAA